UAAGUAUUGCUACAGAACGUAAUAUCAGUGAGAUGCGAGAAGAUGAUUCUGAUGGGAAAAAAUCAGAAGAACUAUGUAAUAGUAAUACACAUAAUUUUGAGUAUACUAAAAAGUGCCAGCACUGAAAACGUCACUUCCAAUUUCGAGAAUGAAUUCAACGACACAGAUGGUACACACGGCGACCACACAACAAACACACUUCCUCGGACUGCGCUAGCUUUAGACAGUAGUAGUAACGUGGUGGUGACAACACUUCUUGCCUGUAAUAAAGAGAAAGAACUAAAGAGUUCCACUUGGAAUUCAUUUGAGUUAUUGCCACAAAAUGGACAACCAAAAGUUAAAUUGCUAUUGAAUAUGUCCAUGAUAAGUCAGAUUUUAACAAACGAUACUGGGAAUGGCACUGAAACGAAAAUACGUGGCGCCAUUGUCUUCACGGAAACCCAAAGUAAUAAUAGCUGCGAUCCAGACGUUAUAAAUGAACAGGGAGAGUUACAAAGUUCAGUUAUACUUAACUCACCAGAUAGUGAAACCAUUCCAGUUUCACGUACUCGCCUAUUGCAUUCAGUAGAACAAUUGGAUUUAGAGUUUUCAAUACCACCGCCUAUGGAUUUAGUAGCUUCAUUAAUAGAUAGAACGCCACCCAUAGAAAUGACAUCUAUAGCCACCACAGAACAAUGCCUCUACUACUCAACUACAACACCGAUUCCAACAACCACAACACCGGUUCCAACAACCACAACACCGGUUCCAACGACUACAACUCCAGUGCCAACAACUACGACACCGGUGCCAACAACUACAACGCCAGUUCCAACAACCACAACACCGGUUCCAACGACUACAACACCAGUUCCAACAACCACAACACCGUUCCAACAACCACAACGCCAGUUCCAACAACUACAACGCCGGUUCCAACAACCACGACACCGGUUCCAACAACUACAACGCCAGUUCCAACAACUACAACGCCAGUUCCAACAACCACAACACAACUUCCAACAACUACAACUCCGGUUCCAACAACCACAACACCAGUCCCAACAACCACAACACCAGUUCCAACAACUACAACGCCAGUUCCAACAACCACAACACCAGUUCCAACGACUACAACUCCAGUGCCUACUACCACGACACCGGUUCCAACAACUACAACGCCGGUUCCAACGACUACAACGCCGGUUCCAACAACUACAACGCCAGUUCCUACAACCACAACACCACUUCCAACAACUACAACGCCAGUUCCAACAACCACAACACAACUUCCAACAACUACAACUCCGGUUCCAACAACCACAACACCAGUCCCAACAACCACAACACCAGUUCCAACAACUACAACGCCAGUUCCCACAACCACGACACCUGUUCCAACAACCACAACACCGGUUCCAACAACCACAACACCAGUUCCAACAACUACAACUCCUGUUCCAACAACCACAACACCAGUUCCAACGACUACAACACCAGUUCCAACAACUACAACGCCUGUUGCAACAACUACAACGCCAGUUUCAACAACCACAACACCGAUUCCAACCACUACAACGCCAGUUCCAACAACUACAACGCCACUUCCGACAACUACAACGCCGGUUCCAACAACCACGACACCGGUUCCAACAACUACAACGCCAGUUCCAACAACUACAACGCCACUUCCGACAACUACAACGCCGGUUCCAACAACCACAACACCAGUUCCAACAACCACAACGCCUGUUCCAACAACUACAACUCCUGUUCCAACAACCACAACACCAGUUCCAACAACUACAACGCCAGUUCCAACAACCACAACACCAGUUCCAACAACUACAACUCCUGUUCCAACGACCACAACACCAGUUCCAACAACCACAACGCCUGUUCCAACAACUACAACUCCUGUUCCAACAACCACAACACCAGUUCCAACAACUACAACGCCAGUUCCAACAACCACAACACCAGUUCCAACAACCACAACGCCUGUUCCAACAACUACAACUCCUGUUCCAACAACCACAACACCAGUUCAAACAACUACAACGCCUGUUCCAACAACUACAACGCCGGUUCCAACAACCACAACACCGGUUCCAACGACUACAACUCCAGUGCCCACAACUACAACGCCAGUUCCAACAACUACAACGCCGGUUCCAACAACCACAACACCGGUUCCAACGACUACAACUCCAGUGCCAACAACAACGACACCGGUUCCAACGACUACAACGCCAGUUCCAACAACCACAACGCCAGUUUCGACAACUACAACGCCGGUUCCAACAACCACGACACCGGUUCCAACAACUACAACGCCAGUUCCAACAACUACAACGCCAGUUCCAACAACCACAACACCAGUCCCAACAACCACAACACCAGUUCCAACGACUACAACUCCCGUGCCCACAACCACGACACCGGUUCCAACAACUACAACGCCAGUUCCAACAACUACAACACCGGUUCCAACAACCACAACACCGGUUCCAACGACUACAACACCAGUGCCCACAACAACGACACCGGUUCCAACGACUACAACGCCAGUUCCAACAACUACAACGCCGGUUCCAACAUCUACAACGCCAGUUCCUACAACCACAACACCACUUCCAACAACUACGACGCCAGUUCCAACAACCACGACACCUGUUCCAACAACUACAACGCCAGUUCCAACAACUACAACUCCGGUUCCAACAACCACAACACCAGUUCCAACAACUACAACGCCGGAUCCAACAACCACAACACCUGUUCCAACAUCUACAUCAAAUCCAACAACGACAUCGCCCGCAGAAACCACCACUGCAGAAACUACUAUAGAUGACUGUCCAACGGAUGUUGAUGAUCAAUGCUCCUCAACAACUACCACUCCUGUUCCCACAACUACAACGCCAGUUCCCACAACCACACCUGUUCCAACAACCACAACACCGGCUCCCACAACAACAACUCCUGUGUUAACAACCACAACACCGGUUCCAACCACAACGCCAGUUCCAACAACCACAACAGCGGUUCCAACAACCACAACACCGGUUCCCACAACUACAACUCCAGUUCCAACAACUACUACACCGGUUCCAACCACAACGCCUGUUCCAACAACCACAACAUCGGUUUCAACAACCACAACACCGGUACCAACAACUACAACGCCAGUUCCCACAACCACGACACCUGUUCCAACAACCACAACACCGGUUCCAACAACCACAACACCGGUUCCCACAACUACAACUCCAGUUCCAACAACCACAACACCUAAACCAACCACCACAUCACCGAUUGCAACUACCACCACACCGGUUCCAACAACCACAACACCGGUUCCAACAACCACAACACCGGUUCCCACAACCACAACACCGGUUCCCACAACUACAACUCCAGUUCCAACAACCACAACACCGAAACCAACCCCCACAACACCGAUUGCAACUACCACCACACCGGUUCCAAUUACCACGACACCGGUUCCAACAACCACAACACCAAAACCUACUACUACAACACCGAAACCAACCACCACAACACCGAUUGCAACUACCACCACACCGGUUCCAAUUACCACGACACCGGUUCCAACAACCACAACACCAAAACCUACGACUACAACACCGAAACCAACCACCACAACACCGAUUGCAGUGACUACCACACCGGAUCCAACAACCACAACACCGGUUCCAACAACUACAACGCCAGUUCCCACAACCACGACACCUGCUCCAACAACUACAACGCCCGUUCCAACAACCACAACACCGGUUCCCACAACCACAACACCGGUUCCCACAACUACUACUCCAGUUCCAACAACCACAACACCGAAACCAACCACCACAACACCAAUUGCAACUACCACCACACCGGAUCCAACAACCACAACACCGGUUCCAACAACUACAACGCCAGUUCCCACAACCACGACACCUGCUCCAACAACUACAACGCCCGUUCCAACAACCACAACACCGGUUCCCACAACCACAACACCGGUUCCCACAACUACAACUCCAGUUCCAACAACCACAACACCGAAACCAACCACCACAACACCGAUUGCAACUACCACCACACCGGUUCCAAUUACCACGACACCGGUUCCAACAACCACAACACCGAAACCAACCACCACAACACCGAUUGCAGUGACUACCACACCGGUUCCAACAACUACAACGCCAGCGCUAACAACAACGACACCAGUUCCAACAACUAUGGGACCUACAACACCUCCUGACAACCAAUGCCCUAUAAUUAAGCCUCCUGCUGUAACAACAACUGCUCCAAUCCAAUGUAACUCAAGCGCAACCAUACAAGAAUCUACUUGUGACACCGUAACUGUUAUUAUCAAAAUAGGGGAGUCCACUGUGACGCUUGAUGUUGGAGAUUCUACUACCAUUAUAAUGAACACAGACGACGUGGGUAAAUGUACGGGAAUUAAUGGUUGCCAAGGUGUGCAGUGCAUAUCGACUACUCCUGUGGAUCCUACAAAUUGUGGUUUCAAUUGCGAUCCUUCUGUGGUAAUCACAUUACCAAACUCAACUCCAAGUCUGGUCGUAAUUCCAUCAAAUGAUAGUAUCUCAACAUCAGUUAUAAUAAAUCCUCCAAAGUUAAGUACGAAAAUGUUUUCUCGUUCAAUAAUUUCGCCACGUUAUGUUGACGAUAACGAAUUUAGGUGUCCAGGAGUUGGAAAAUAUCCAGAUGAAGUUUAUUGUAAUAUCUAUUACUUGUGUUUGAACAAUAGUUUAUUUGGUAGUAAACAAUAUUGCGUUGACGGAAGCAAUUUCGACGCAAAAAGUAAACGCUGUACCGCAUCACCUGUGCAGUGCCCCGGAGAACCAGAUUUGGAAUGUGCCUUUGUGGGGUACCAUUCGCAUCCGUUGUACUGCAACAGAUACUAUUUGUGCACUUGGAAUGCGAGCGAUCAAAUGUACGACGUGCAACACUACCGCUGUCCAAAUCAACACAAAUUUGAUGCAGGAAUACUGCAGUGUAAGACCGAAAAUGUAGAAUGUUCUCCGUAUUCCACUAUAGAAAUUCCUUUGAACGAACAACCGCAGUUCACUUGCGAAGCGAACGGGCUGUACGAAAACGAAUACGACUGUACAGAAUACUACCUUUGUCGGCACUCAAAUCCAGUGGCUAUAAGGAAGAAAUGCCAAGGUGAAAUGUAUUUCGACAGACUACGUAAAAUAUGUAUGAAUAAGGAAGAAGUGCAUUGUCCGAUAAGCGUGGCGAAUUCUUAGAGCUCCCACCAGAAGAAUUCCGACCACCUACUAUCAAGUACCUAUACUCUUUAUACCUAAGUUAGGUGCGGUCAAAAUUUUCACCCAUUGCGGCGCACGCAAUAGUGAUAGUGAAAGUUUUGCCUCUCAAACAAUAAAUGCAUAACAUUUUGA